UUGGUGUGUUUCUGAGCUCGUGAGGUCGAAUCAUCUGCUCUUCAUGUUUCGCUGGGCAUGCAGUGGGUGGAAGUUUGUGAAUAAUAUCAUUGUGUACGAAGAAAUUUUAUUCGUGGUGGCGUACGUGAGACAAAAUAUAAUGUCGGCAAUUAAAGCUAAGAAAGUAAAAAUGGCCACAAAAUUAUGCCCAGAAUGUGAUCAACAGAUUCCUGUAGCUUGUAAAUCGUGUCCCUGUGGCUAUGUGUUCAUUAGCCGAAAACUUCUAAAUGCCAAACUAACUGAGAGAACGCCGCCAGGAAUAGACAAGUUGGAUGCUAAGAGGAGGAGAACAGAAAGGAUCCGCAGAGAGAAGAUCAACUCUACUUCUACAAAUGACAUGGAGAACAGGAGGCAGUCUCGUUCAAACAGCCAGUCAGAACAGAUCCGCAGAGGACGGGGCCGGCCAAAGACCACAGCUCAAAAGAAGCAAGAGGAGGAGAAAGGUAAAGCCAUGCUCAGCCAAAACGAAAAACAAGAGAAAGAAAUUGAUAUUUAUGCCAACCUCUCAGACGAAAAGGCCUUUGUGUUUUCGGUGGCUUUGGCUGAGAUCAACCGAAAGAUCCUGGGGCAGAGACUGAUCUUGUGACCAGGAACAGUGGGGUAAAACUCAUUGUUACUACUGCAGAGACACAUAUCGGCAGUAAAUCUAAGCGGGGCUGGACCCAGAUGUGCUUGUGAUGGGCUGCAGGACUCAUCAGGAGGACGGGCCCAGGCAAUGGACAUGGCUAGGGAACCGUGGC